GGAAACUGCUGGAGCUGUUUGAAAUGAGUCUUAUUACAAUGAACGGUUGUUUUUUGGAUAUGGCAGCUUCCUCGCUGACUUUGUGUAUUAUAUAGAUGAUCGUGUCGCUUCAGUGAAUUAAAGAGAACUCGCACAGGCUUUCUCCCGGCCGGACUGAUGAAGUCGAUGGCUGCUAUCAAUAAUAAUCUGGUAACAUUCAAAAGAAAGGCUUGUGUGUCCUGGGCUAUAAAGUGAAGUUCAGCAGCCUCAUCCGUUCUGCUUGUGGUGUCACCUCUAUACAAUGAGAAUGAAGCUCAAGCUGAAGACUGUGUUCCUGCUUUACUUUAUGGUCUCCCUACUAGGCCUCAUCUAUGCCCUCAUGCAGUUAGGCCAGCGCUGUGACUGCAGAGAACAUGACUUGCCCAAGGAUCGAACCAUCUCCCAAUUGCGAGGGGAGUUACAUAAGCUGCAAGAACAAAUAAAAAAAUCAGAGGCGUCAAAAGCCUCAAAGCAAUCUAGUUUGCCUACAAUCUUUGUAAUAACACCUACCUAUGCAAGACUGGUGCAGAAAGCUGAGCUCACACGCUUGUCCCACACUUUUCUGCAUGUACCUCAGCUCCACUGGAUCGUGGUGGAGGAUUCUUCCAGCCCGACAGAGCUGGUCCGAAACUUUCUUGCUGUUUCUGGACUGACCUACACUCACCUACACGUACUGACGCCUAAAGAUAGGAAACUGCAGGAAGGUGACCCUCACUGGCUGAAGCCUCGUGGGGCUGAGCAGAGGAACGAGGGUUUGCGCUGGCUCAGGGAGAAGGCUGCUGCUGACAAGGGGAAAGGGUUCGCCUUCAACAGUGCUGUCAUCUACUUUGCCGAUGAUGAUAACACGUAUAGCCUGCAGCUCUUUGAGGAGAUGCGUUACACUAAGAAAGUCUCCGUUUGGCCAGUGGGUCUGGUGGGGGCUAUGAAGUUUGAGCGGCCUGUAGUAGAGAAUGGGAAGGUGAUUCGUUUCCACACUGGCUGGCGACCCAACCGUCCCUUCCCCAUUGACAUGGCUGGCUUUGCUGUCUCCCUAAACCUGGUGUUGGCCAAUCCUGAGGCUCGGUUUGAUGGCAAUGCAGAGAUGGGCUUCCUGGAAAGCAGCUUCCUUCAGAACCUGGUUACCAUGGAGGAGCUGGAGCCCAAAGCUGACAUGUGCACUAAGGUGUUGGUGUGGCACACACGUACUGAAAAGCCAAAGAUGAAAAGGGAGGAGGCUCUUAUAAAGCAGGGGUUAGGAUCAGAUCCCAAUGUGGAGGUGUAAGCUCCAAGAACACUCUUCAAAAACACUAUGGUACAUCCUAGUUACAAAAACCCAUUUUGCUGUACUGUUAACCUGAGAACAUUGCUCUUUCUUCAAUACGGGAGGUUGGUUUACUGUUAUCCAGGAAUCAUGACACUGUAUGAAUAACCGUAUGGUUACUAUGAUUGGUUGUACUGUAUGUAUUUGUGUGCAUGAAUGAAUGCGGUUUCCUAUUUAUAUGUCUAUUUAUCAUUCAUGGUAUUAUGUAGAACAUGUGGAUAUUUGAUGUUUCUGCCUCAUGCCUGUAAAUGUUUUGUCUUGUACAAUGUUAUUGCUAUGAUCAGGGGAGCCAUUAUAAAGGAGUUCUGUGGUGAGGAGGAUUCCAGGGGGUCGGAUUAGCCAGAUUAGCCAAGUGGCUCAAUGAGACCCGAGGGAACUAAAAUCACCAAAAAUUGUACGAGCUACUGUAUGUACAUCUUUCCAAAAAUGGCUUAAAAUAAAAGAGAUUUUACACAAA